GCAGGUGUACAGCCAACUCUCCCCGAAGUGCGCCAAUUACUUCAAGAAGCAAUCAAGCUGCCCAACCCUCCAAACCUCGUCCCGCUAUGCGCCUCAAUCUCUUCCGAAUUCUUGACUCCCUCAUCGAUAUACUUGAAGGUGUCGGCCAAUGCCAAAUCGAAACACUCGUUCCUCUUCGAGAGCGCUGCCACCACAGAGACCAUCGGCCGCUAUAGUUUUGUCGGUGCCGAUCCGCGACACAUGCUCAAGACCGGAGAAGGUCACGGCCCCGAAACAGACCCUUUGCCCAUCCUGGACCAGGAGCUGUCAAAAUGCCGCGUCGCAGACAUUCCAACCCUCAAACUGCCUCCCAUGACUGGUGGUGCUGUCGGUUAUGUUGGCUAUGACUGCGUCAAGUACUUCGAGCCCAAAACCCGCCGUCCUAUGAAGGAUAUCCUCAAGGUCCCCGAAUCGCUAUUCAUGCUGUACGACACCAUCGUUGUUCUGGAUCACUUCUUCCAAAAGGUCAUGGUCGUCACAUAUGUCAAGGUCCCCGAGAGUCUCGACAACCUGGAUGCUGCCUACGACGAGGCGAGGCAAACAGUCAACCGCAUGCUGCAAGUCCUGAANAAGACCGAAGCUGUUCUGCCGACACAAGACCCCGUCAAGUUGGGCAACGAAUACACUUCCAACAUUGGUCAGGAAGGUUACGAGAAGCACGUUCACAAACUCAAGGAGCACAUCAGCUCUGGAGACAUCAUUCAAGCCGUUCCCUCGCAGCGCAUGGCCCGCCCCACCUCUCUACACCCCUUCAACAUCUACCGCCAUCUUCGCACAGUCAACCCCUCGCCAUACCUCUUNUUCCUCGACUGCGAAGACUUCCACAUCGUCGGUGCCUCGCCAGAGCUCCUUGUUAAGGCCGAGAACGGUCGCAUCUACACUCACCCCAUCGCCGGCACUGUCAAGCGUGGUCCUACAGCCGAACAAGACGAGCAGCUUGCUCAAACAUUGCGUGACUCACUCAAGGAUCGUGCCGAGCACGUUAUGCUGGUCGACUUGGCCCGUAAUGAUGUCAACCGCAUUUGCGACCCUUUGAGCACACGUGUCGAUAAACUCAUGGUUGUGCAAAAGUUUUCCCACGUUCAGCAUCUGGUAUCAGAAGUCAGUGGUGUCUUGCGUCCCGACAAGACGAGAUUCGAUGCUUUCCGCAGUAUCUUCCCUGCCGGUACUGUAUCUGGUGCACCAAAGGUCAAAGCUAUGGAGCUCAUCGCAGAGUGCGAAGGCGAGAAACGUGGUGUUUACGCUGGUGCUGUUGGUUACUUUGGCUACAGCAGUGUAAACCUCACUACCGGCCAAGAAACCGAGGGUGCCAUGGAUACUUGCAUUGCUCUACGAACAAUGCUCAUCAAGGACGGUGUGGCCUAUCUGCAAGCUGGCGGUGGUAUUGUUUUCGACUCUGACCCAUACGACGAGUACAUUGAGACCAUCAACAAGCUCAAGGCCAACACGACAUGUAUCGAACAGGCCGAGAAGAAGCACUACGACGAGCAACAAGAAGAUGUUGAGAUAUCCGGCUCGCUAGAGAAGCCCCACGUUGAUCUGGCCGCCGGAUAG